AACCAGAGCGCUUGGGGUAGCGCCGUUUUCCGAGAAAUCCGACACAUCUCUACCAACAAUACUCUGUGCAGAGAUGGAUACACGUCAAGGAUGGCCAUGCAAACAUGCAGCACAGAUGUCCUAUAUGCCUUGACAGCAUGACAAAACCCCUAACUAUCAAGUGUGGCCAUGUUUUUUGUGACCAUUGCUUAAGUCAAGCUUUGAGGAUAUUGAAUGUUUGCCCCAUUUGUAAAGAGCCACAAGGUGUUGUAACAGGCAAUCAACCACCAGGACAGAUGACUUGGUCCACUUUGCGUUCCAGUCACCCAGGUUACUCUGGGUGUGGUACCAUCUGCAUUCAGUACUCGUUUCAAUCAGGAAUUCAGGGCCCAGAGCACCCAAACCCUGGUCAGCAGUACAGUGGUACACAUCGUACUGCUUAUUUACCUGAUAGCCAUGAGGGUAGAGAAGUACUGCAGCUGCUACACAAAGCCUUUAAUGCACGAUUGGUUUUUACCGUGGGAACUUCCAUAACAACAGGACUAUCCAAUCAGAUCACGUGGAACGAUAUACAUCACAAGACAAGUACGACAGGCGGUGCCCAUGGAUUUGGUUAUCCCGAUCCAGACUAUCUUCAGCGGGUUAAGGAAGACCUUGCUGCUAAGGGAAUCCGUUGACGCUCAUGACGCGCUGUCCACAAGAUGAUAGAGCUGGUACUGAUUGUCUUCACACAGAAUUUUAAGGAGGCCAGGCUGAUAUUAUGGGCUAGUAAUAUUUGGAGACCACUACAUUGAAGCGAUUUCCUUAACACAAAUUUCAGUCCUGGAUCUAAACCGCUCUGAAAAAAGAAUGAGUUUUUCAAAUGUUUUCAUUUGAAUCCAGGGAAGUGCAUUACGUUGCUUCUCCUAUCUGUUAAAGUGGUUCCCUAUUGUGAUGAAGAAAUGAGCGUUUUUCUCUUGGAACAGAUAUGCUGUAGUUUGUUUUGAUAAAUGAGUUAAAUGUUAUUCUACUUUCAUUUGAUUAUGGUUAGUGGUAUGAUAAGAGGAAAACAAAAACAAUUUCUUUCAAAAAUACAUGAAAUGUCUGGCUUUGAUCGAUCAUUUCACCAUUGUUAACUAAAAGAAAAGGUUUGGAAACUGAGGUGACUUUCUUCUUGAUAAUAAAUGCCAAAUUGAUAAAUUGAUAAAUUGAUAAAGGGAGGAUUAUGCGACGAAAAAAGGAAACCCACACCGAAAAACAAACAAACGAACGAAAACAAAACAAAGAAAUCCGCAAAGACACUGUUUGCGCUAGUCAAAAAAUUUUAUUGAUUACAUAACACUGUUAUAACUAUUGCCUUAAUGACUGACAGGUUAUAAAGUUACCAUGUCAUGUUCUGCCUUCAAGUAUUAUGUAGAUAUUAAUGAGAUACUUGAAUCUAAGAAAUUUCAAAACACAUUGCAAGAGCAUCUACUUCAUAGGUUACCUGUAGGUACAGUCAUCUUGCGGAAAUACCACCUCGACAGCUUGAGGAUAGCGUUGUUAUCUUCACAUGUCAAGAAACGUGUUCAAUGAUGUCAAAUGUUUGAAACAGAAGAAUUUAUGGGAUCUCAUUGAUAUCCAUAUAAUACAAUAUUCAAUGCACUUUUGAACCAUGCACAGAUAACAAAAAGAAAAUGAAGCAUGCAUGCGAUCAUGACACCGAUCAUGCGAUCUUUCUCUUCGCCCCUCGACUUGUCGCACCGAACCAAAAAAAGCUACCUUUGAUCGUAGCAAACUAUUCUACUUGUAUUCGCCUCAGAACAUAUACUUUUGCUCAACAGCCAGCUUUCUCAUCCAAUAAUCAUAGAGGAAGAUAGAAAAGAAAUGCUAAAAGUCCUCCCAAAAAGUUUAUUCCCGAGGCGCUCAACACUCCCACAAGGCUUUGUGACUCUCCGGGCCACUUAAGUCGACCAAUGAAGUUUUCACGCACCCAAAGUUAGCACCUAUUGAACAGUUCUUAAAAGUUUGUGGUGAAGAGGUCUCAGGAAUGUAAACAAUGCAGAGAGGAUCGCAGUCUUUCUCUCUUCCUUAAGCAGGCUCGCCAGCUUUUGUCAUGAUACGUCUUCUUAUGCCUCAGUUUAAGGACAAACGGAACCGAAAUUCUCAAACUCUUAUAAAUUAACGACUGCCAUAUUACUGCUUUUGUGACAUCGACAAGUUUAUAUGCUAUAGGUGGGUAAUAAAACAGAAUAAAUGCGAAUCAGGUAAUUUGGAUGUAUCCAGGAAGUUGAAAUUGUAAAUUGGCCACCGUAACGAGUUAAAAUGCUGACGUUUCGAGCU